CACCUCAAGACAAAGGAACCCUGAGAACAUUAUUUGCAGCUGUAUCUCCCCAUGUGGAAGUUGGAUAGCCUAUUCAACAGCAUCCCGCUUUUUCCUCUACCGACUGAAGUAUGAACAAGAUAGCAUAAGCCUCCAAAGGAUUUCCAAAAUGCCAGCAUUCCUUCGUUCUGCCCUUCAUAUUUUAUUUUCUGAAGAUUCAACAAAGCUCUUUGUGGCAUCAAAUCAAGGACCUCUACAUAUCAUUCAGCUCUUGGAAGGAAGCGUCAAACACCUGCAUACUUUCCAGCCUCAGUCAGGGACAGUGGAGGCCAUGUGUCUUCUAGCAGUCAGCCCAGAUGGGAACUGGCUAGCCGCGUCAGGUACCGAUGCCGGCGUUCACGUGUUCAACCUGAAGCGCCUAAAGCUUCAUUGCACAGUACCUGCUUACAAUUUUCCAGUGACUGCUCUUGCCAUCGCCCCCAAUACCAACAACCUUGUCAUCGCUCACUCUGACCAGCAGUUAUUUGAGUUCAGCAUCCCAGAGAAGCAGUAUACAGAGUGGAGCCGGACUGUCCAGAAGCAGGGGUUUCACCACUUGUGGCUACAGAGGGAUACUCCCAUCACACACAAUAGUUUUCAUCCCAAGAGACCAAUGCACAUCCUCCUCCAUGAUACCUAUAUGUUCUGCAUCAUUGACAAGUCAUUGCCCCUUCCAAAUGACAAAACUGUUCUCUACAAUCCGCUUCCUCCAACAAAUGAAUCAGAUGUCGUCCUGAGGCGCACCGCCCAUGCUUUUAAAAUUUCUAAAAUAUAUAAGCCCUUACUCUUCAUGGAUCUUUUGGAUGAAAGGACACUCGUGGCAGUUGAAUGGCCUCUAGAUGACAUUAUUGCUCAGCUCCCACCACCUAUCAAAAAGAAGAAAUUUGGAACUUAAAACUGGGCACUGCCUGUGUCCAUCCUUGAACUGUCUUCCCUGGAUUUUCUUUCCUCCUAAUCAUGAUAAUAAAAAAGUUAUUCUUU